UGUGUUUUCUUAUAAUUAUCAGCGAAUAUAGCCACGACGCAAAUUCGCCAAGUGUUUCCAAGUGAAAAUCUGUUAAUUUCAUGUCAACGCAUCAUAGUUAGGUUGUUUAUUGAACGUGGUUAGUUUGACAAACGGUGACUCGUUGCUGACACAUAUAGCUGCUGUUGAGACAAUGAGUUCGAGCGUAUGCUACAAGUGCAACCGGACGGGGCACUUCGCCCGCGAGUGUACCCAGGGCGGCGUCACUGCUCGCGACUCUGGCUUCAACCGCCAGCGCGAAAAGUGCUUCAAGUGCAACCGCGCCGGACACUUCGCGCGAGACUGCAAGGAGGAGGCUGACCGUUGCUACAGAUGUAACGGCACGGGACACAUAGCGCGCGAGUGCGCGCAGAGUCCGGACGAGCCGUCGUGUUACAACUGCAACAAGACCGGGCACAUCGCACGGAACUGCCCCGAGGGCGGGCGCGAUAGCUCCAACCAGACCUGCUACAACUGCAACAAGUCCGGCCACAUCUCACGCAACUGCCCCGACGGCACCAAGACUUGCUAUGUGUGCGGAAAGCCCGGACACAUCUCCCGCGACUGCGAUGAGGAGCGGAACUAACACACGCCUCGUCGCGAUUGCCUAUAUAUAAAAUAAACUAUGUAUAUUAUGAUGCCACGCACGGACGAUAAGCAAAGGACGCGAUACGCGACACUAGAUCGUAAGACCACACGACUGUAUUAAAUUAAUGCAACGGAAUUAUAAAUCAGGAUGCAGCAGCGGUAUUCUCGUGACAGACUGAGGUGUAUGAUUUUUAAAAUGUUGACUUGUAUAUAGGUCUCCCCGCCGCGCGAGCGCCGGCGGCGCUCGUCGAUACGUUAAUGUUUGUUCUUGCACGACGUGAACGAGUUAUUGUGUUUUAAAUCAUUUAAUAAUCGUGAUUGAACUAUUGAGGAGGUAGCGUUACAGUUUUUAGCAUUACAGAGUAUAUAUUUAAUAUAUUUUGUACAGAUUUUUUUGACAAAAGAUAAAUUGGAUGCUGGCGUAUAAUGCGUUUUCAAUGUGAAGAGUGGAGGCCCCGGAGCGACCCGUACCCCUUCUGGACUCUCUUGUUCGUCUUGUUAUACAGUAAUCGUUGUUCUUACGCGAUCGUACUGCGAUCCGACGAGUCUCAAUCUUACAUCCUAUCACUUCGCGUGAUUUAUUUUUAUUGAUCAAUUCCUUUGUUUAUGAGAUCCUGCUAACUUGUGGAGAAUUCAGUGGUUAAUUAGAAUUUCAUCAAUCAAAA